AUGGAUGAAGCCAAGCAAGAGGUGGAGGAGAUCGUUUCAUAUCUUCGUGAUCCGGAGAGAUACUCUCGACUAGGCGGUCGACUGCCCAAAGGAGUUCUGCUGGUCGGUCCACCAGGAACUGGAAAGACGCUUCUUGCCAGAGCAGUAGCUGGAGAAGCUCAGGUACCGUUCUUCCACACUUCCGGAUCCGAAUUCGAUGAGGUCUUAGUGGGGCAGGGAGCACGACGAGUUCGAGAUCUCUUCGAUAAGGCGAAAGCAAGAGCUCCCUGCAUCAUCUUUAUCGAUGAGGUUGAUAGCGUCGGAUCAAAGAGAGUGUCAAACAGUAUUCAUCCGUAUGCUAACCAGACUAUCAACCAGUUGCUAAGUGAAAUGGAUGGUUUUAAUCGAAAUGAAGGUGUCAUUGUCAUCGCGGCCACAAAUCGUGUAGAGGAUCUUGAUAAAGCUUUGCUCCGUCCUGGUCGUUUUGAUGUGCGGGUAACUGUACCGAAACCGGAUUUGGCGGGUCGCAUUGACAUAUUCGAUUUUUACCUGCAAAGGGUUGUACAUUCGCCUAACGUCGACCCAAGGAUUUUGGCCAAGGGAUCCACCGGAUUCACUGGCGCUGAUAUUGAGAAUAUGGUGAAUCAGGCUGCGUUGAAAGCUGCGAAAGAAUGUGCGCCAGAGGUGACUAUGCAGCAUUUGGACGAAGCUAGAGACAGGAUUCUCAUGGGGCCUGCACGUACCGGUGGAAGAAUUCCCGAUGAAGAAGCCAAUAGGAAUACGGCGUACCAUGAAGCUGGUCAUACAUUAGUGUCAUUGUAUACGAAGCAUUCCACGCCAUUGCAUAAGGUCACAAUAAUUCCUCGCGGACAAUCUCUUGGACACACCGCAACAUUACCUGAGAAAGAUGAAUAUCAAAUGACAAAAGGACAACUUCUUGCAGCCCUUGAUGUAAUGAUGGGCGGUCGAGUAGCAGAAGAAUUGGUGUUUGGAGAAGAUAUGGUCACGACUGGUGCUGCAGAUGACUUGAAGAAAGCCACAAUGCUUGCUAUUCAAAUGGUCAAGGCAUUCGGCAUGAGUGACAAGGUAUCUUUUUUUGUUUUUGUUGUAGUCCUUGACUUCUUUGGGUUGAACCGGACA